AAAAAGCAAACAAAAAAUAAAAAAUUUAUAAAUAAAAAACGAAAGGAAUAAAAGAUUUCUAAAGUAAUAAAUAAUAUUAAAUCAAAUAAAUAGCAAAUGUCAUCAAAUAUCAAUUUAUACGAUACCGAUUGUUCCACCUGGUCUACUAACGGAAAGCUCCUUUAGGUUGAUUAUGCCACUAAAGCUAUUGAUCAAGGUUCUAUUACAAUAGGUUUAAGAUCUCAAAAGUUUGCAGUUUUAGUUGCAUAGAAGAGAUCUAACAGUAAGUUAUCAGGUUACUAAGAAAAGAUUUUCUAAGUUGAUGAUAAAAUUGGUAUGGGUGUUGCAGGUAUUACUGCUGAUGCAAGAGUCAUUUGCAAAUAUAUGAGAACUGAGUGUCUUAACCACAAAUAUGUAUAUGGAAGCUAACACCCUGCAUAGAGAUUAGUCAUUAAAAUUUCUGAAAAAUCAUAACAUAAGACUUAAACCUAUGGCAAGAGACCUUAUGGUGUUGGUACUUUGAUUAUUGCUUAAGAGUCAGACGGUCCUAAAUUAUUCUAGACUUUACCCAGUGGUGACUUCUAUGAAUUCUAUGGUUAAUCUAUUGGAUCUCGUUCAUAAGCUGCUAAAACCUAUUUAGAAAAUAACUUAGAAUUAUUUAAGGACUGCAAUGAUCUCAAUACCCUUAUUUUACAUGGUUUGUCUGCUCUUAAGAAAGCCAACUAAGGUGAAGAAGAAUUAUUGCCUUAAAGUGUUGAUAUUGCCUUCGUUGGACUUGAAUCUAACUUCACUCUUUUAUCUGAAGAUAGAGUUCUCUCAUACUUAUAACAAUUAGAUACAUUUGCCCCUGCUAAUUAGAUGGAAGUCGAAAAUUGA